AUGGACAACUUGAGGGACCUCGUCGCCAACGUCGAGUUUCUUGGGAGAAAGCAUGUCGACCUACGGAUGAGGGUGGCCUAAGUAUUAGGCCCUCAAGAUGUACUCAACAUGCUUUAAAAGAAACUCGUUUGGAGGAUGAGGACCACACCAUCAGUGCUAGGCUCUUUUGUGUCAGCCAAAUAUGGCGAGUGGGCUCGACAGCCGACCGACAUCAAAGGAGUCAAGCGAUGGGCAGACUGUUAGAGACAUUGGUUGGAGAUGGUGUCUCUUAUUGGUUGGCGAGUGGGGUAGCGAUCAGUGCCUGGUACAACACUUGGCUAGAGGACACACCAUUGGCUAGUUUUACCACUUUCACAUCGUCUUGGCCUCGCUUAACGGUAGCCCAACUUCUCCAAGGAGACACUCAUCUACUUAUUGAGAGGCAUGGACUACCGUCGGACUUGUUACCAGCCAUCACCAUGGUGAGGCGAGUCCUCACGAGGACCAACCCAUCUGGACACUUACCAUAGAUGGCGGUUUCUCUUGUAGCUCCUCUUGGGAGCACUUUAGAAACCACUCCCCAAAGACAUUUUGGGGAAAUCUCAUAUGGCAUCCGGCCAUCACACCUUGUGUUUCGUUCUUCUUGUGGAAGUUCAUGCACGAGGACUACCCACCGACGAUCGAGUGAUUGUCACCAAUCAGGAGGUGGAAAGGAGAUGUCAUUGUUGCUCCAUCACGACGGACGAAAGUAUGGAACAUCUAUUUUUCCAUAGUGAUAUGGUUGUCGAGUGUUGGCAUCAACUUCUAGCGAAUUGGCUUCCAAUGCUCUCGUGCAGACCUACGAGACCACCACUAGAGGUCUUUAGGAGAGUCAUUGACUCACCGACGAGUGUCAAGGUUAGUCCCUUCAUCCGUAUCUCCAUAGCAUAUAUGUUAUAGGAAAUAUGGAAGGGGCGUAACUCAUCUCAAUUUGCAGGCCAAGUGAUGCGUGCCACGAGAUUAUGAGGCACAUAACACAAUGGCUUCGAGUACUCAUUCCUUAGUGCCAAACAAAGCGAAACGCUCGCGUUUUGUUUGUGUGAGCUUUGGGCUUUGGGGACUCCAUAUCAUACCUACAGACCUAGACUACUAUUCGAUCUGUUAGAUGGACACCACGAGGGCUGGCGGUGGAAACUCAAUGUCGAUGGAGCAUCUCAAGGCAACCCGGGACCAUCUGAAGGAGGAGGUAUCCUCUGCGAUAGUACAGGAUGCAUUCUCUUUGCCUUUUCAAACUUUUAUAAUAUCUGAACUAAUACUAUGGCAGAGGCUAUGGCAAUACGGGAUGGUUUGCUUCUUUGUGAGGAGCAAAAUAUUACUAAUAUUGUCUUAGAAUUUGAUUCCAAAGUGUUAGUGGACAUGUUACGUGCAGACUCUUGUCCUCAUUGGAGGUUCAAGAAUAUUUGGGCAGACAUCAUGCGAUGUCGAGGGCACAUCACAAACAUUACGCAUCAAUUCCGAGAAGGGAAUCGGGCGACCGACGCCCUUGCUACGCAUGGAGUCAGAUCGCGUCGGAGGACAAUCUUCUCUUCUUGGCAGGACAUGCCCUCGAAGCUGAGGUGCUCAUAGACUUGGCGACUCGGCAUACCCUCUUUACGCAUACACCGCACUCCACUACCAGCCCCUCCACGGUAGUGGCGUAUUGCUUGGAGGAGACCAGGGGUGGCUACUAUUGGCGCUGAAGACCACAACGAGAUACAGUGCGUGUUUCCUUUGUUUCCGUUUUCAGGUCUAUCACAAGCCACAACCAUGACAUCAUCAUGGCGCUCAUCCCAUACCACCAAUGUGGAAUGCACUUUGCCUAUCAGCACAAGGCGGACAACAAGGCACAUCAUAAUCCACCGGGUACACUACUUCCAAUCAUUACUCUCCUCAUAAUCACCUCACAUCUACUAUCUAUCACCCUCAAGCGGUGAGGACACAGAACUAUCAGCACAUGUUGGCAUCUGCCCACUUUUAAACUAUAGGUCUAUAGCACAUUAGACCUGCCAAACUAGCCGUGAAUCGCCAACCUAGCACCUCUCUCAAGAUCUCAUUAGUACCAUCAGCCAGCUUGAACCCAUGAGAAGGUAAAAGAUCUAUAUCCAUAGGACUGACCCUCUCUCCUCUCUCUCUCUCUCUCUCGAGUCUCUAUUUCUUUCUCCCUCUCUUUCUCCCUCUCUUUCUCCCUCUCUUUCUCCCUCUCUUUCUCUAUCUUCAAAAAAAAGAGCCAGCCUACUUCUUUUCCUAGAAUCACUAGCCCAUCAUAGACAAUUAGUGGAGGGUGAGGAAAGGGCCCUCAAAAAAAAUAAAUAAAUAAAUAAAUAAGGGGCAACCUACUUCCCUUCCCUAAUCACUAGCCUAAUACUCCAAAGGGAAUUACCCUUGUACACCAAAUAAUGGGCAUUAGUGGAGGGUAAAAGAAGAGGCCCUCAAAAAAAAAGAGAGAGAGAAGAGAGAGAGAGAAUAAGAGAAAAGAAAAGAGUUAGAAAAAGAGACCAAGUCAUUCCUCGUGGGGUGAAAGGUCCCUACCUACUUAGAGGAAGUACGGCAACUGAUGGUACUAACAAGAUCUUGGCCAGAGGGAUUAGGCAUGCAACACUAGGAAGACAAGUUCAUAUUUAGGCUUAUUGUCAUGCUCCAGCAUAGUUCUAUCCUCCUCACUACCCUAACCACUCUUUUCUCACCACUUUAUAUCAUUUUAUUUAUUUCUUAGAACCACUUACUGCAGCAAACUCUUGCCUUGCAGGAAUACCUCAUGGCGCACAACAUGGAGGUCUACACGUCCAACUACUUGUUGGCGGAUCUUCCAACUUCAUGAACUCAAUGGCUCUUCCAGCCCAAUGCAAAUCAACUGCCUUCUUCAAAUAUGAUGAGCGCACUAGAGUCUAUCUCAGUAUUAUCACAUCCCUCUUCAAAAGAGGUCUUUAAUCCUCCAUGUCAUCCUCACCCCUUGUGCAAAUGAGAUCCCACUUAUGUAACCUCGAAAGAGGUCAAACUUCUAGCACUCAAUCAAAUUUCUUCAUUUCAAAAAAAAAGAAAACCCUAAACCCUAAACCCUUCUUCUUAGCCAAUUGAAAUCUCGAGGAUAUCCUCUCAUUAUUUUGAUACCCUUCUGUGCAAGUUGAGGAAGAAACUUGCGGAUGGAAACUUCAGCUUCUAUCCUCGAGGAGGUCGCAUCCACUGAUACGUCAUGUCCUCAUGAGUAUGCCAUUACAUCUACUAGCAGUACAUGAGGUACGGAUACCGUCCUACGAUCUGUGAGGCGGAUAUGUACCUCUUUUUGUGGGAUGGCCAACUCGAUGGACCUCAUAAGCCAGCGGCGAGUUUCUUGGGAGAAAGCAUGCCGACCGAUGGUAGAGGGUGGACUAGGGAUUAGGCGUCCUGAAGACAUACUCAACAUGCUUCGAAGAAACUCGUAUGGCGGAUGAGGACAACGAGAUCAAUCUUAGGGACCUUUGUCUGCGCCAAAUAUGGCGAGUGGGCUAACCAACUGGCGGACAUAAAAGGAGGGAAGCGGUGGCGGAUUGGCGAGACAUUGGCUUCAAAUGAAACCUUUAAUCCGGUGGGCGUGGGACAAGGCACUAUCAAUGCUUGGUACGACACUUGGCUUGCAGAUACCCCUUUGGCCUCCUAUACCUCCUUCACGCCAUCUUGGCCCCGACUCACGGUGGCCCAACUUCUCGAGGAGAUACUAAACUGCUCAUCGCGGCAUGGUCUCUCCUAGAUUUAUUACCCGAGAUCUCAUUGAUAGAGCUGAGCCCUAGGGAUGAUGAGGCCAUUUGGACUCUCACCCUUGAUGGGAGUUUCUCUUGUAGUUCUUCUUGGAACUAUUUUAGAAACCAUUCCCUAAAACAGGUUUGGGGAAAUCUUAUUUGACAUCAUGCUAUCAUACCUCGAGUCUCUUUCUUCAUGUGGAAAUUGAUGCACCGAGGACUCCCUACUGAUGACCGUAUGACCAUCCUUUGGACACCACAUAUGUUCUAGGUGUCAUUGUUGUCACACCACUCCAAGAAACGAAACUAUAGAUCACUUAUUUUUCAUAGUGUCGUUGCUAUGGAAUGUUGAAACCAACUCUUAAGGAAUUGGUCACCCGCUUUUCAUCAUCCUCCAUCUCUCACACCCUAGAGAUCUUCAGAGAGUCUUUGAUUCACCGUAGAGCACUAGGGGUAGCCCCUACGUAUUUCCAUAGCGUACAUGUUAUGGGAGAUAUGGAAGGGGCGAAAUCUCUCGUUUUGCAGGACGACCGAUGCAUGCCUUAGAGAUUAUGAGGCACGUCACACAAUGGCUAUGGAGUGCCCAUCCUCUAAUGUCGCCUGUAAGCCACACGCGGCCUCUAUUUGUGAGGCACUCAAGACUUGGGAAUUCCAGCAUUACGGACCUAUACACAGAUCACUAUGUGGACUGUCUAUUGGAGACCACCGUCGAUAGGACACCUGAAGCUCAAUGUAGGCGGGGCAGCACGUGGGAACCACGGACUUGUAGGGGAGGAGGCAUCUUACAAGACCAUACAAGAAGUAUUAUCUUUGCCUUUUCUCACUACUCGACGUUCAAAUUAACACAUGGCGGAGGCUAUGGCAAUCCAUGAUGGUUUGCUCCUCUAUGAGGAACGCAACCUUCAUGGUAUCGUCCUAGAAUCGACUCUAGAGUGUUAGUUGAAAUGUUGCGUGGUACUUGCUCCCAUUGGCGACUUAGGAGCACCUGGAUGGAUAUCAUGCGUUGUCGUGAGAUGAUCAGUGCCAUCACACACCAGCUACAGGAAUCGCUGACGCACUUGCUACACAUACGGUAUGCACUCGUCUAAGAUCUGUUUUCACCUCUUGGCAGGAUAUGCCUGCGAAGCUCGAGGUAGACACCGCUUAGGCGACUCGGUAUACCAGCACUACGUAUUAGGUAAAGCUUCUACCGCCACACCUAGGCAAUGGCAUAUCGCUUGGAGCAAUUCAACGUUGACAUCAGCACAAGACGAGCGACAAAGCACAUCACAAUCCACCUGGGUACACCACUUCCAAUCAUUACUCUCCUCAUAAUCAUCUCACAUUUACUAUCUAUCACCCUCAAACGGUGAGGACACAGAACUAUUAGCACAUCUUUGGCAUCUGCCUACUUUUGAACUAUAGGUCUAUAGCACAUCAGACUUGCCAAAUUAGUUGUGAAUUGCCAACCUAGCACCUCUCUCAAGAUCUCAUUAGUACCAUUAGCCAGCUUAAACCCAUGAGAAGGUAAGGAUCUAUAUCCAUAGGAUUGACCCUCUCUCUCUCUCUCUCUCUCUCUCUCUCUCUCUCUCUCUCUCUCUCUCUCUCUCUCUCGAUUCUCUAUUUCUUUCUCCCUCCCUUUCUCUCUCUUCAAAAAAAAGAGGCAGCCUACUUCUUUUCCCGGAAUCACUAGCCCAUCAUAGGCGAUUAGUGGAGGGUGAGGAAAAGGCCCUCAAAAACAAAAAAAAAAACCCUACUUCCCUUCCCUAAUCACUAGCCAAAUCAUGGGCAUUAGUGGAGGGUGAAAGAAGAGGCCCUCAAAAAGGAGAGAGAGAAGAGAAAGAGAGAAAAAGAAGAAGAGAGAGAGAGAAUAAGAGAAAAGAAAGGGUUAGAAAAAGAGACCAAGUCAUUCUUCGUGGGGUGAAAGGUCACCUACCUACUUAGAGGAAGUACGGCAAUUGAUGGUACUAGCAAGAUCUCGACUAGAGGGAUUAGGUGCAUGCAACACUAGGAAGGCAAGUUCAUAUUUGGGCUUAUUGUCAUGCUCAAGAAUAGUUCUGUCCUCCUCACUGCCCUAACCACUCUUUUCUCACCACUUUAUAUCAUUUAUUUAUUUCUUAGAACCACUUACUACAGCCACCUCCUAUCUUUGCAGGAACACCUCAUGGCACAACAUGGAGGUCUACACGUCCUACUAUUGUUGAGCGGAUCUUCCAACUUCAUGAACUCAAUGGCUCUUCUAGUCCACUACAAAUCAAGCUGCGUUCUUCAAACAUUAUGAGCAUAGUGGAGUCUAUCUCCACUAUUGUCCAUAAUCCUCUCUUCAAAAGAGGCCCAUAAUCCCCCAUCUCAUCCUCGCCCUUUGUGCGAAUGAGAUCUCACUUACGUAACCUCAGAAUGAGGUCAAACUUCUAGCACUCAAUCAAUUUUUUUUCAAAAAAAAAAAAAAAAAAAAAGACCCUGAACCCUAAACCCUAACCCCCUAAGUGGGAGAGUUGCCACCGGAUCCCAUAAGAACCCCGGAGUUAAGCAUGCUUGGGUGGGAGCAGUCCCCGGAUGGGUGACCUCCCUCGGAAGUCCUCGGGUACGUGCGCAUGCGUCGCGAGACGCUUGUUGUGCAUGUGUUGAAAGGCAUCGCUGCAUUAUCAUGCUGCUAGGCACAUGUUACGAACCCCUCCGCCACCAUGCCAAGAUGCCCCCAGCUCUGAAGAACGUGCCGAGAGGCACUAACGUGACUCAGUCAUUGUAUAUUAAAUCACGCAAAUAUAAAAUUUAUAAAACUAGAAAAUACGAAUUUUUGGAUAUUUAGAAGUAUUUCUAAAUAAAUAUAUCAAUUAUAAUUCAAUAAAACUUCCAAAAAUAGCGGUAAUUUUCCAAGUCAAUCACAGGGAUGUAAUAUAAUAUCUGGUAAUUAUUCAGCAUUUUUCUCAAUGAAUACGAUUUUCUAUGAAUUUUAUACUAGGAAAUAAAAAGAAAAUAUAUUUAAAAUUCACGAAAAAGGGAAAUAAGGUCGCGGACGUCAGGAUGACGUCAGUGCCCGGCGAACACGAAUCGGACGGAAACAGAGUUCCACCCGGCGAUUCUUACGUAAGCGAUUACAGACGAUUUAAUUGAUCAAAUUAAGAUCUAUAAAAGCCGGAAGAAUCGUAAUAGAACAAAGUAUAUUUUGGUGAAUUAAAAACACAAAAAUUAUCACUAAAUGAAGCGUAAAGUAAAUUGAAAGUAGGAAAAAAGAGUUCCGGCGUCGCGACGGCGAUGCAUCGGCGAUGCACCGGAAUCUUGAGCGUUCGAGAGGAUCGUUGUGCAGUGUCCACGGCCUCGAAGGCUCUCCUUGGACAAAGACGACGUGGGCAAUCUCUAGAUCUUCUCACGAAGUCUAGAGAUCAAUGAAGUGGGUCGUCGAAUCGUCUCCGACGACUGUCACCCGGCGGAGCGGAAAAACAGCGACUUUGCGGCUCUCUGGCGGCUGUCACCUGACGGAGAAGAGCUGGAUGGAGGUGGGCCGCAUGUCAAGGAGCUUCAUCCUCAGGUCCGCGUAGCAAGAGGAGGCUCUUCAUCGCAUCCGGUACGCUCUCAGGAGGUGGCGACUCGUCUCCUGGUGGAUCGUCCUCUUCCCGACGACGGCUUGUUCGUCGAUCAAUCGGAGAUGAUUUACUCGAUGGAUUCACGAUCCUUUUAUCGCGAAUCGUUUAGCAAUUUUAGUAGCAAUGCUCCGUGAAUCGCAUUGACGAGAUUUUCGCCGAUGAUCCAGCGAUUCUCGUUGCUUAAUCUUUCACUGGAGAUCUGCAGGAAAGUCGCGAUAAUGAGAUAAAAAUAUAUGAAUUUUGACUCUGGAAGGAUUCGAACCCGCGCCGGUCACCCGCCUCUGAGGAAGGUGUGACGCAGGUUUAGUCCCACAUCGGUUGUGUGCCGAUUUUUUGAGCAAAUAUAUAGUAAUGUUAGCUUUGUAAGCAAAGUCCCUUCUCUCGCGUCUAUGACCACUCCUUGCCCCCACAGCCGGCUAGCCACCGGUGACGUGGAAGGGGAGUGGCGCACACGUGCCCCUAUUGGUCCAAGCUAAGUCGCUCGAGCCCCUGCUCGCGGCUACUCCCCGACUGCGCUUCCGACCUGCUUGCGGGCCCGGCUGGCCGGCGGGUCCCCCCAUUUUGCAAUAUUUUUAUUUUUAUUUCUUGUUCUUCAUUUAUCUCAAAAGUAAGAUUGUAAAAAUCGUAUAAAAUCACAUAAUUACCCAAAAAUUCACAUUAAUCAACUGAAAACAACAAAUCAUACUUUAACACAAAUAUAAGUCUAUUUAUCAUGAGUUAAGGCUUAAACUAUAUUAUUUACUAAUUAUUAACUCAUGAUCCGGUGGCAACUCUCCCACUUUUUUUUUCUUUUUUGAGUCAAAGUUGAAAAAGUUUGAUUGAGUACUAGAAGUUUGACCUCAUUCUGAGGUUACAUAAGUGGGAUCUCAUUCGUACAAAGGACGAGGAUGAGAUGGAGGAUUAUGGACCUCUUUUGAAGAGAGGAUGUGGCAAUAGUAGAGAUAGACUCCACUACGGUCAUAAUGUUUGAAGAAGGCGGUUGAUUUGCAUUGGGUUGGAAGAGCUAUUGAGUUCAUGCCUAUUGGCAUGGUGGUAGGGGUGCCUCUCGACACAUUCUUUGGAGCUGGGUGCUUGUUGACAUGGUGGCAGAGGGGUUCGUAACACGUGCCUAGUGACACAAUAAUAUAGCGGUGCCUUUCAGCACAUGCAGCACAGGUGCCUCGUGGCGCAUGCGUACGUACCCGGGGACUUCCUAGGGAGGUCACCCAUUUGGGGACUGCUCCCACCCGAGCACACUUAACUCCGGAGUUCUUAUGGGAUCCGGUGGCAACUCUCUCACUUAGGGGGGUUUUUAGGGUUUAGGGUUUAGGGUUUUUUUUUUGUUUUUUUUGGGGGGGGAUAAUUGUCUUGGGCUGAACUUCUCAGGAGGUCAUCCAUCCCGGUACUUCACAAACCCAAGCACUUUGGUGCCUCUCAGCACAUUCUUCGGAGAUAGGUGCCACUAGUGCCUCUCGGCGUGGUGGCGUAGGGCUGCCUCUUGGCAGGUUCUUCAGAGAAGAGUGCCUGUAGGCACGUUGUUCGUGAGAUGGAUAGCACAUGUGCCUCUUGGCAUGAUGGCAAGGGUGCCUAGCGGCAUGAUAAUUCAGCGGUGCCUAGCGGCAUGAUAAUGCAGCGGUGCCUGAUAAGUUUUCAUUAUCAUGAGUUAAUAAUUAGUAAAUAAUAUAGUUUUAGCCUUAACUCAUGAUAAAUAGAUUUAUAUUUGUGUUAAGUGUGAAAAGUGGUUUUCAGUUGAUUAAUGUGAUUUUUUAGGUAAUUAUGUGAUUUUACAUAAAUUUAUAUGAUUUUUACAGUCUUGCUUUUGAGAUAAAUGAAGAAAAAGAAAUAAAAAAUAAAAAUAAGACAAAAUGAAGGGGGACUCGCCAGCCAGCCGGGCCUGCAAGCGGGUCGGAAGCUCAGUCGGGGAGUAGCCACGAGCAGGGGCUCGAGCCGCUUGGACCGAUAGAGGCACGUGUGUGCCACUCCCUUCCACGUCACCGAUGGCCAGCCGACUGUGGGGCAAGGAGUGGUUGUACACGCGAGAGAAGGAACUUUGCUUAGAAAGCUAACAUUACUAUAUAUUUGCCUGAAAAAUCGACGCACAACCGAUGUGGGACUAAACCCGCAUUACACCUUCCUCAGAAGGGGCGGACAACCGGCGCGGGUUCGAAUCCUACCAGAGUCAAAAUUCAUAUAUUUUUAUCUAAUUAUCGCGACAUUCCUGCAGAUCUCCGGUGAAGGAUUAAGCAAUGAGAAUCGCUGGAUCAUCGGCGAAAAUCUCGUCAACGCGAUUCGCAGAGCAUUGCUACUAAAAUUGCUGAACGAUUUGCGAUAAAAGGAUCGCGAAUCAAUUGAGUAAAUCAUCUCCGAUUGAUCGACGAACAAGCCGUCGUCUGGAAGAGGACGAUCCGCCGAGAGAUGAGUCACCACCUCUUGAGAGCGUACUAGAUGCGAUGAAGAGCCUCCUCUUGCUGUGCGGACCUGAGGAUGAAGCUCCCUAACAUGUGCCCCACCUCCAUCCAGCUUCUCUCUGUCGGGUGACAGCCGCCGGAGAGCUGCAAAGUCGCCGUUUUUCCGCUCCGCCGGGUGAUAGUCGCCAGAGACAACUCGACGACCCAUUUCAUUAAUCUCUAGACUUCGCGAAAAAAUCUAGAGAUUGCCCACGUCGUCUUUGUCCAAGGAGAGCCUUCGAGGCCGUGGACACUACACAAUGAUCCUCCCGAACACUUAAGAUUCUGGUGCAUCGCCGACGCAUCGCCGUCGCGACGUUAGAACUCUAUUUUCCUGCUUUUAACUUACUUUACGCUUCAUUUAGUGAGACUUUUUGUGAUUUUAAUUUACCAAAAUAUACUUUGUUCUAUUACGAUUCUUCCGGCUUUUACAGAUCUUAAUUUGAUUAAUUAAAUCGUCUGGAAUCGCUUACGUAAGAAUUGCCGGGCGGAACCUUAUUUUCGCCCGAUUUACGUUCGCCGAGCACUGACGUCAUCCUGACGUCCGCACCCUUAUUUCCUUUUUUUUCGUGAAUUUUAAAUAUAUUUCCUUUUCAUUUCUUAGUAUAAAAUUUAUAGAAAAUAAUAUUCUUUGAGGAAAAUUCUGAAUAAUUACCAGAUAUUAUAUUACAUCCCUGUGAUCGACUUGGAAAAUUACUACUAUUUUUGGAAGUUUUAUGGAAUUAUAAUUGAUAUAUUUAUUUAGAAAUACUUCUAAAUAUCUGAAAAUUUGUAUUUUCUAGUUUUAUAAAUUUUAUAUUUGUGUGAUUUAAUAUACAACGACUAAGUCACGUCAAAUUUUGGCGCCGUUGCCGAGGAUGUAUUGCAUAAUAUUUAGUAUUUUUCUGUUUUUCUCUUAGAGUACACAAAAAAAAUUAACUCUUAUUUUAUUUUUUUCUUGCUGAUUUUUUUUUUAGAAAAAGGGAACGAAAAGAAACAAGGCAAGGACUGGAGCAUACUGAAGGAGGGUAACAAUUACUAAACUUUUCCCUCGAAUUUAUUGAUUUUUUUUUAUGCAUGGUAGAAGAUCCUUGCAUCCAAGGCUAGAAAAUCCUUUUAUUAUUUCAUUCAAGACUAAAAAUCCGAAAGAAAAAUUAAUUUUGAUGGAUCCUGAAGGAAGUACAGGUCAAAUUGAGAACAAUCCUAUGGUCAUGAAAAAUCAUUAUAUCUCUGAUUCAUUUCAAAGAGCAUCAAAUAUUAGAGUCCCAUUAGCACCCACGAUUAAAUUCGAAAUAAAUCCAAAAAAUUUUCAAAUGCUCCCUAAUUUUCAUGGAUUGCCUUCAAAGGAACCUCAUCAGUACUUAGAAAAAUUUCAUAUGGUCUGUGAUUUAGUUAAUCUCUCUCAAGUUACACCAGAAAUUAUUAAGAUGAAAUUAUUUCCUCAUACACUUAGGGACAAAGCUAGCCAUUGGCUAUCCACAUUAGAUAGAGAAUUAACUAGCUGGAAAGACAUAGAACAGGCCUUUCUUCGAAAAUUUUAUCCCUUAGGAAAAACUCAAAAUAUGAGAAAACAUAUAUGAAGUUUUUCUCAAAGACCAGGAGAAACUUUACAUGAGACAUGAGAAACAUUUAAAAAUUUACUUAGAAAGUGUCCUCAUCAUGCUAUACCCAAGUGGCAGCUCAAUAGAAUUUUUUAUGAUGGAUUAUUAGAACAACAUAGAAAUAUGGUUGAUUCUAUAUGUGGAGGAGCUUUUAUGGAGAAAACCCCUGAUGAGAUUUACAGUCUUUAUGAGAAUUUAAGUGAAAAUUCUAGAGAUCAAGCCUCUUUUGAAUUAUAUGACAGGGAUAAGAAGAAAGGAAUUUAUGAAUUGCAUCAUGAUGAUGAUUCUAAACUUAGAAAUGAGGUUAAUCAGAUUAAUCAAAGAUUAGAAAAAUUUGAUUUACUUAUUGACAAUAUUAGAAAGUCUCUUAACCCUCAAUUUAAUUCAAAUAGUAUAUGUCCUAUGUAUGAUUAGAAUGAUUAUUCUGAAUUUCAAUGUUAUAAUUUAGAUCAAUCAUUUCACCCUAAGCAAGAACAAGUGCAAGUAGCUCACGGUUUUAAUAGAAAUAGGGAACCUUUUUCAAAUUCUUAUAAUCCUAAUUGGAGGAAUAAUUUUUCUUGGAGAGACCCAAAUAAUAUUUAAAAUCCAGAAUCACUUAGACCCAAUUCAAACUCUGAAUUUCGUCCAAAACAAGAAAACAGAUUUUAGAAAAAUCAACUCUCUCAAACCCAACAUGAUACUAUGGAAAUGAUGCAGCAAAUGAGCCAAAUGAUGCAACAAACUAUGAAUCAAAUGAUGCAACAAACUAUGAAUCAAAUGAUGCAGCACCAGAAAUAAAUUAUAGAGGCCCUUGAGAAUAAGAGAGAAGAGAGACAGCUACCUAGUCAGCCCAUAGAAAAUCCAGGGAACCGCCCAACAAUAGGAUUUCAGCAAGGGGAGUCUAGUAGCAUGAAUCUAGGAAAAAACCCACGAAAUGAAAAUGUUAAGAACAGUGAAUGCAUUAAGGAGUGGUAAGAUCUUACCUGAUCCUUAUCCCCAAAUAUUAGAAGAAAAAGAAAACGUGGACAACCCAAAACAAAAUCAAAUAGGAGUAGAAGAGGAUUUUAUAGAUUCUACCAAGGAAAUUUCGAAAGAGAGGACAACCAUUCCAUUUCCUAAAGCUCUAGAGCCUAGACAAAGAAAGAAAAAGGAACACAAUGAAGAAAUAAAGAAAAUUUUAUAAGAUGUGCAAAUUAGUCUUCCUUUACUCACUGCCAUUGAACAUAUUCUUGAAUAUGCUAGAGUUUUGAAAGAAAUGUGUACACCAAAAAGGGCACCUAGAGUAGAAAAAUUAUCUAUGCAUGCUAGUGCAUUAUUAUUAAAUCAAUUACCAUAUAAAUUGAGAGAUACAGGUGCCCCUUAAAUUUCGUGUGAUAUUGGUGGAUCCAUUUUUCAGAAUGCAUUACUUGACACCGGUGCUAGUAUUAAUUUAUUACCUACAAGUAUUUGUGAUAAAUUUAAUAUUUCUGAUCUUAAACCUUCUACUGUUACCUUACAAUUUGCUGAUAGAUCCAUAAAACAUCCUAAAGGUAUUUUAGAAAAUGUGAUAGUAAUAGUUAAAGGGUGUAAAUUUCCAGCUAAUUUUGUAGUGCUGGAAAUGGAUUUUAAUAGACAGUUUUAUGAUACACCAAUCAUCCUAGGGAGACCAUUUUUGCAUAUAGCAAAGAUGAAUAUUGAUUUUCCCAUAGGUAUUGCGAAAAUUUCAUGUGGAGAUCAAUUAGUAGAAAUUAAAAUUUUUGAGGUACCAAAUGAUCUUAAGAAAUCACAAGUAUAUGAUUGUCAUACCAUAGAUCUUCUAGAUGAUUUUGAUGAUCCAGAUGUUAUUGAUGACUAUGUGCUGGAAGAAUUAGAGGAAAUAGAGAAUAUAAAUUUGGGAGAAAAGAAAGAGGAAGAUCAUCUGAAUUUAGAGUUGAAACCUCUUUCCUCUAGUUUAAAAUAUAUGUUUUUGGAGGAAAAUAAUUCAUUUCCUGUUAUUAUUGCAGCUGAUUUGAGUGAUGAACAGGAAGAAGAAUUAUUAGAUGUACUUCGAAAAAAUAAGAAGGCUGGCUGGAAAAUGGACGAUCUAAGGGGCAUUGAUAUGAGUGUAUGCAUGCAUAGUAUAUAUCUAGAGGAGGGGGCUAGAACUAGCAGGGAACCACAACGAAGAUUAAAUCCUAACAUGAUGGAAAUUGUAAAAAAAGAAAUUUUAAAGUGGCUGGCUGCUGCUAUUAUUUAUCUUAUUUCAGAUAGCAAAUGGGUUAGUCCUACACAAGUAGUGCCAAAAAAAUCAGGGAUCACGAUUAUAAAAAACGAAAAUGGGGAUGAAAUACAAACAAGAUUAACUACCGAUUGGAGGGUUUGCAUUGAUUAUAAAAAAUUAAAUUUAGUUACUAGAAAAGAUCAUUUUCCCCUACCAUUUACUGAUCAAAUUCUAGAAAAAUUAGUUGGAAAAAACUUUUUUUGUUUUCUGGAUGAAUACUCUGGUUAUAAUCAAAUUGAUAUAAACCCUUUAGAUCAAGAAAAAACAACUUUCACUUGUCCAUUUGGUACUUUUGCUUUUAAACGCAUGCCUUUUGGUCUGUGUAAUGCUCCAGCCACAUUUCAAAGAUGUAUGCUGUCUAUUUUUUCUGAUAUGAUUGGAAAAUGCAUGGAAAUUUUUAUGGACGAUUUUUCUGUUUUUGGUGAAUCAUUUGAUGAAUGCUUAAAUCAUUUACAGCAUGUACUUGAGAAAUGCAUAGAGAUAAAAUUAGUUUUGAGUUGGGAUAAAUCACAUUUUAUAGUUAAAGAGGGAGUUGUGUUGGGUCAUAUUGUGAGUAAAAGGGGAUAUUAUAUAUAAAAUGAAACCUCCAAAUUCAGUAAAAUAGAUUAGAUCUUUCUUGGGUCAUGCAGGUUAUUACAGAAAAUUUAUUCAAGAUUUUUCAAAAAUUUCUAAACCUCUCACCAUGCUAUUAUCUAAAGAUGUACUUUUUAAUUUUGAUGAGAAAUGUUUUGAGUCUUUUUCUGAAAUAAAAAGAUUACUUAAUGAGGCACCCAUUUUACAAGCUCCUGAUUGAUCCCUUCCCUUUGAAAUAAUGUGUGAUGCAUCGAAUUAUGCAGUGGGGGCCGUUCUAGGACAAACAAAAGAGUCAAAACCCAUAGUAAUUUCAUAUGCUAGUAAAACUAUAUCCAAUGCUCAAUUAAAUUAUACCACGACUGAAAAAGAGUUGUUAACUGUAGUAUUUUCGUUAGAAAGGUUUAGAUCAUAUAUUUUGGGAGCUAAAAUUAUUAUUUAUACUGAUCAUGCAGCAUUAAAAUAUAUGUUAAAUAAGAAAGAUGCAAAGCCAUGUUUAUUAAGAUGGAUUUUAUUGUUGCAGGAAUUUGACUUAGAAAUAAAAGAUAAAAAAGGUUUCGAGAAUGAUGUUGCUGACCAUCUUUCUAGAUUAAGUGAUACAGGAAUAAAUGCAGCACCUUUACAAGAUGCAUUUCCAGAUGAACAAUUGAUGGCAGCUCAACAUCAACCAUCACCAUGGUAUGCACAUAUUGUUAAUUUUCUGGUUUCUGGAAAAACUCCAGACCAGUGGGAUAAGAAUAGAAAACAUCAUUUCUUUUCUAAGAUUAGAAAUUAUUUUUGGCAUGAUCCUGAUUUAUAUUACUUGGGCAAUGAUCAAAUUUUAAGGAGAUGUGUUCCUGAAAAAGAAUAUCAUAGCAUUAUUAACAUGUGCCAUUCAUCUAACUGUGGAGGACAUUUCUCUAGACGAAAAAUAGCUGUAAAAUUUUUUCAGUGUGGUUUUUAUUGGCCUACAAAUCAUUAGAGAUUCUAUAAAAUUUAGUAGAACAUGUAUUUCAUGCCAAUCUAUAGAUAACAUGAGCUAAAAAGAUGAAGGUGUAAUAUAAAUAUAUCAAUUAUAAUUCCAUAAAACUUCCAAAAAUAGCAGUAAUUUUCCAAGUCGAUCACAGGGAUGUAAUAUAAUAUCUGGUAAUUAUUCAGAAUUUUCCUCAAAGAAUACUAUUUUCUAUAAAUUUUAUACUAAGAAAUGAAAAGGAAAUAUAUUUAAAAUUCACGAAAAAAAAGGAAAUAAGGGUGUGGACGUCAGGAUGACGUCAGUGCUCGGCGAACGCAAAUCAGGCGGAAAUAAGGUUCCGCCCGGCAAUUCUUACGUAAGCGAUUCCAGACGAUUUAAUUAAUCAAAUUAAGAUCUGUAAAAGCCGGAAGAAUCGUAAUAGAACAAAGUAUAUUUUGGUAAAUUAAAAUCACAAAAAGUCUCACUAAAUGAAGCGUAAAGUAAGUUAAAAGCAGGAAAAUAGAGUUCUAGCGUCGCGACGGCGAUGCGUCGGCGAUGCACCGGAAUCCUAAGUGUUCGGGAGGAUCAUUGUGUAGUGUCCACGACCUCGAAGGCUCUCCUUGGACAAAGACGACGUGGGCAAUCUCUAGAUCUUUUUGCAAAGUCUAGAGAUUAAUGAAAUGGGUCGUCGAGUUGUCUCUGGCGACUAUCACCCGGUAGAGCGGAAAAACGGCGACUUUGCAGCUCUCCGACGGCUGUCACCCGACAGAGAGAAGCUGGAUGGAGGUGGGGCACAUGUCAGGGAGCUUCAUCCUCAGGUCCGCACAACAAGAGGAGGCUCUUCAUCGCAUCUAGUACGCUCUCAGGAGGUGGUGACUCAUCUCUCGGCGGAUCGUCCUCUUCCAGACGACGACUUGUUCGUCGAUCAAUCGGAGAUGAUUUACUCAAUUGAUUCGCGAUCCUUUUAUCGCAAAUCGUUCAGCAAUUUUAGUAGCAAUGCUCCGCGAAUCGCAUUGACGAGAUUUUCGCCGAUGAUCCAGCGAUUCUCGUUGCUUAAUCCUUCACCGGAGAUCUGCAGGAAAGUCGCGAUAAUUAGAUAAAAAUAUAUGAAUUUUGACUCUGGUAGGAUUCAAACCCGCGCCGGUUGUCCGCCCCUUCUGAGGAAGGUGUAAUGCGGGUUUAGUCCCACAUCGGUUGUGCGUCGAUUUUUCAGGCAAAUAUAUAGUAAUGUUAGCUUUCUAAGCAAAGUUCCUUCUCUCGCGUGUACAACCACUCCUUGCCCCACAGUCGGCUGGCCAUCGGUGACGUGGAAGGGAGUGGCACACACGUGCCUCUAUCGGUCCAAGCGGCUCGAGCCCCUGCUCGUGGCUACUCCCCGACUGAGCUUCCGACCCGCUUGCGGGCCUGGCUGGCUGGCGGGUCCCCCUCAUUUUGUCUUAUUUUUAUUUUUUAUUUCUUUUUCUUCAUUUAUCUCAAAAGCAAGACUGUAAAAAUCAUAUAAAUUUAUGUAAAAUCACAUAAUUACCUAAAAAAUCACAUUAAUCAACUGAAAACCACUUUUCACACUUAACACAAAUAUAAAUCUAUUUAUCAUGAGUUAAGGCUAAAACUAUAUUAUUUACUAAUUAUUAACUCAUGAUAAUGAAAACUUAUCAGGCACCGCUGCAUUAUCAUGCUGCUAGGCACCGCUGAAUUAUCAUGCCGCUAGGCACCCUUGCCAUCAUGCCAAGAGGCACAUGUGCUAUCCAUCUCACGAACAACGUGCCUACAGGCACUCUUCUCCGAAGAACCUGCCAAGAGGCAGCCCUACGCCACCACGCCGAGAGGCACUAGUGGCACCUAUCUCCGAAGAAUGUGCUGAGAGGCACCAAAGUGCUUGGGUUUGUGAAGUACCGGGAUGGAUGACCUCCUGAGAAGUUCAGCCCAAGACAAUUAUCCCCCCCCAAAAAAAACAAAAAAAAAACCUUAAACCCUAAACCCUAAAAACCCCCCUAAGUGAGAGAGUUGCCACCGGAUCCCAUAAGAACUCCGGAGUUAAGUGUGCUCGGGUGGGAGCAGUCCCCAGAUGGGUGACCUCCCUAGGAAGUCCCCGGGUACGUACGCAUGCGCCACGAGGCACCUGUGCUGCAUGUGCUGAAAGGCACCGCUAUAUUAUUGUGUCACUAGGCACGUGUUACGAACCCCUCUGCCACCAUGUCAACAAGCACCCAGCUCCAAAGAAUGUGUCGAGAGGCACCCCUGCCACCAUGCCAAUAGGCAUGAACUCAAUAGCUCUUCCAACCCAAUGCAAAUCAACCACCUUCUUCAAACAUUAUGACCGCAGUGGAGUCUAUCUCUACUAUUGCCACAUCCUCUCUUCAAAAGAGGUCCAUAAUCCUCCAUCUCAUCCUCGUCCUUUGUGCGAAUGAGAUCCCACUUAUGUAACCUCAGAAUGAGGUCAAACUUCUAGUACUCAAUCAAAGUUUUUCAACUUUUACUCAAAAAAAAAAAAAAAAGUGGGAGAGUUGCCACCAGAUCCCAUAAGAACUCCAGAGUUAAGUGUGCUCGGGUGGGAGCAGUCCCUAGAUGGGUGACCUCCCUGGGAAGUCCCCGGAGUUAAGAGGCACCAAAGUGCUUGGGUGUGUGAAGUAUCGAGAUGGGUGACAUCUCCAGAAGUUUGGCCCUAAACCCUAAACCCCACUUCAUUUGCUCAACUUUUUUCUCUCUCCUCAUCAGAGCUUCUCUCUCCUCACAAUCAGCGCAAACGGCGAGAUCUUCUUCGUGUGACCUCAGAUCACACUGAAACGUUUUCCAUUCGAUUCGGAAUGCCAAAAACUAUCGGUUUCGACUGUUAAGCAUCGAAAACGGUGGAUUAAAGCCCAGAUGCUUAGCUGGGUUUGAUCUUCGCAAUUUCUUCAUCGCGAAGAUAAACUUCUGGAGUUUUCACUCUAAAGGUAAUAUAUCUCUAUUGACUGGGUUAAAUUUCAUUAUUUUUAGUUUAAUAGAAUCGUAUUUGCCUCAUUUACCAUUUUCUCUACUAUAUAAUUUUGAUUUUAUGCUUAGCUGAUGAGUAGCUCAAAGAUUUCAUCGAGUGACCUCCGUCGCCCAAAUGAAAACUCGCUCGACGAAUGCGAGCGAACAAAAGGCCGACACGUGGCAGUCAUGACCUUCUGUCCUUGCCUUCCCUCUCCGCUAGUUGAUGUGACCGAGGAGACGGCCGUCAAUGAGCUGAACGGUCGAACCACGGACGUCUGUGAUUCGACAUCAGCUGGCGUCUUCCCGAGGCCCGAAUCAGAGGGGGCAGUAGUUGACGUCGUCCACUCUCCCUCUAGGAGCGAGGCGACGGCAGGCGAAGAGGCCCCCUCUGAUCCAACCAUUGAUCAUAUGAUCAAUGGUCAGAAUCAGCCAUCUAUAAAGGCCUCAGCAGCCGCUACUGAGGCACCGCCCUCAGAUGGUGACGGGCACAAUGGCCAACUUGAUCCAAUCGUUGAUCUUGAGAUCAACGGAGGGGAUCACGUGGCCAUAAAGGCACCGCAACCUUUUGCGGUCGCCGAUGCCUCGGCUGUGAUGCUACUGACGUCAUCAACGUCAAACACUACAGACGUUGGCAUCGCACGAAACCCUGCACCAUCAUGUGUCAAGUCCCGCUCAGCUGGCACCAUAUAG